UGAUACCCGAACAUAGUACUCUGACCAUUAAGAUGCGACUUUUAUUGCCGCCAAGAUUUCAUAGCGUCAAAAAGCAGAACGUAGCGCUGGACCAAGACAGAAACGGAGACCUAUUCGUUAUCAACAGCACGCUAUUGGCAUUGGCAAAGACAGAUGAACAGGGAACGCGUGAUUUGUUUGUUGCCGCCGACGACACCUUAUUGUAUUCAUCAUCUCUCCUUCACCGGCGAAAUAAAGGUCUGUCAGACUAGCUUUCAC